AUGAAGUUUCUGGCAGGGUUUCUACAGGGAAAGUGUCAACAGUGCCUGGACCCGGAUUAUAAGAGUAUUUAUUUUAUUUGUUCAUGUGGUGCAGAAUUAUGCGAAAAGCAUGCAUUCUUCCAUAAUUUUGAGAACCAUACAAAGUAUCCGAUUCAGAUGGCAUUAGAGAAUGGGGUAUUAUGCGUGCAGAUAUCUGACAAUGACUGUUCCCUGAUUGAAGGGGCACUUGAAGUACUUAAAUAUAAAGGGCUAGCAGCAAGUUUAAUUAGCAAGCAACAGAAGCAUGCGCCGUGCAUGCAUAUCUUUAAAGUAUUUAAAGAAAUGACACGAGUAUUUGAUAAUAUAUCCAAGAUAUCCCUUAAUUAUAAUUUUAGUGAGUGUUGCAUAUGCUCACUGCGUGAGAAUAGGUGGCUGUGUAUUACAUGUGGUCUUGUAUACUGUGGAGGGCAAAGAUAUAAUGUAAUGGGGAAUGGUCAUGCGCAUAUGCAUUUUGAACGGACUGAACAUUCUAUUUUCAUAAACUUAAACUGCUUUAAUCCACAGAACCAUGAGAUGCAAGCAUUUUGCAGUUACUGCAGUAUAUUCAUGCAGAAUGAAAUAGUCUAUAAAAUAUUCAAUUCCAGGUACACGGCACUUUCCAUGUGUAAUGAAUGUACAGAAGUGGACCUAAUAAAAAGAAAAGAAGAGUGUACAGAAUGCACUAAAGGCAAGCUUAUAUCAAAUAAUCCAGAGAGUAGUAAUUUACCUUCUGGGUAUGUUUUAUCUGUGAUUCAAAGCAUUUCUUACUGUAUUCUUAAUAUGGGAAUAAUUCCGAUUUUUGACGAUUUAAUAAUAACGGAAAAAAACACAGAAUUUAAAAAUGCAGUGAAUGAAAUUAUAGCAAAAGUGAUAAAUAUGCUAGUUUUAGAGAAGACUGAGUACAUUUUUACCGAUCAUAUUGAAGAUCUUGUUAAUAGUGGGUUCGAACCUUAUAAUGAAGAUUCUCAUGUCGAUGCAGCAAGGUUCUUCCGUAAUUUUAUGUCUAUGCUAAAGAAAAAUGAAAUGCCUGAAGAUGAUGAGAAGAAUCUGACAACUCAUUUUUAUAUUCUACUGCGGUCAAUAAUCAUAUGUAAUAACUGUAAAGAGAAAUGGGACAGGUCUGAGAAGUUGUGCAUUUUGUACUUAAAGCCAAAUCAGAGCAUUUCAGAGUUCUUCUCUAUUAAACAACUGGAUAAAGCGUGUAGAUGUGGUGCACCAAUAAAAACAGUAACUUCCUACCUUGCAAAUAUUCCGAAUAUUAUGACAAUCCGGCUAAAGAAACCAACAAAUUCCAUCCUUGGAGAAAACACAGAAUGUAAGAUACAAAGAACUCUCUCGAUUCCGCACAGGGAGUGUGAAAAAAGAAAGAGACGAUAUCAGCAAAAAGACCGAGUGAAUCCUUAA